AUGACUUAUGCAGGUGCAGAGAUCAAGUUCGUUUCGCAGUUCUUCCAGGAGGACGGCAUCCGGGACUACGUGGCAUACCGCUCCGGGAAGCGGCUGGAGGGCGACGAGGGCCGUGACCGCAACAAGGAUGCGCUUCUCGUGCACCGGGCAGCCCGGGUCGUCGACGGAUUGUGCCGAGCAGAAUUUACCAACUUCCUUCGGGCCGGUGAGGCGGAUGCCAAGUUACAGGCGUUUCUGAAGGGCCGCAUCCAGUUCUCCCUCACGUCAUCCCCGGAGCGUGACCGCGCCGGCGCAGUCGUGGCCGCCGCGGUGGACUUCGAGAUAGAAUUGGACAUCGAAGAUCGGAUCGCAGACAAAGCUGACGAUCGGCUGCAACGUCUGCGGAAAGUCAUGGCUGAAACGGACAAGAAGGUUCUCGAGAAGAACCGAGAGAAAGUUCCGGAUGAGGAGACCAUCUCGCUGAUGCAUCCUCGGAAGCUUCUUGCAGAGCUCCUGUCCGGAUUUGACUGGCGGAGGGCUCUCAGCGACAACUUGGACCGUGAGGGCCAC